AUAUAUACAAUCUUUAGAUCGUCAUUUACUCUUGCCCUCAUCAGAUAAGCAUUAGUUUCUGUAGACUAGCUUUCGAAUAGAAAAUGGUAUUCCCUGGAUUUGGUGGCUGGAUCAAUCAGAAUAUUCAACAGCCCCUUAAGACGUCCAACAGAUCUAAGAAUGGUAAAUCUAGAUCAGUUUCAGAAGAAGAAGACGAUAGGUAUCUUCAGGGACCAUGGUAUUGGGUUCCUGAUUUAAGCCCUAAAGAAAAGGCCGAAUCCUUGGAAUUAGACCAUGUUAAAUCUAUGCCACUGAUGGCUAUCGAUCCUAAAUACUUUGACAUGGGUGAACUGAUGAGGCAAAACAGUCUUUGGAAUUCUGAACAUAAAAAACAUCCUUGGAACGAUGCACCUGCUAAGGUGAAGGUGAUAACAAAAAAGGGUCUUUGCCAUUUAAACAUAGAUUUCACAUUGGGAUCUCCUCCUCAAUCAGUCUUCCAGAUGUUCACUGAUCCAAGAAACAUGGGAAUUUUCCAUUCAAUGGGCAAGUACAAGAAGCAUUGGCGCACACGUUUGGACACAAGAGCAACAAAGGUUUUAAAGAAAGAUGGACCAAGGCAGAUCACGGAAGUGGAAAAAGUUCUGAGAUGGAAGAUACUUGGGUAUAAUGGGACUAUCCCAAUACAUUUAAUCAUCGAUGAAAACCAUCAAAAAGUUACCGCAACAUAUAAGAAAGUGAAAGUGAAGCACAUGAAAGUGUUUGAGGGUAGCUGGAAAAUACAGCCACUGUACGUAGAUCAGGAACGGUUGUGCAAGUCUAAGUCGCGGAUUAGUGAAGAAAAAUACAAAAAAUGUAGCGGCGGUAAAGGAAGGAUUGGGUCAAAGGUGACAAUGGAGCAUAUAUUUCAGCCAUCUCCUCUUCUUAAUGUGCCACCGGUUUCUUGGUUCAUCCGUGGUAUCGCCGUCAAAGUCACUAAGGUUUUGCUCCAAGAUCUUAGAGAAUAUGUAAUCAGGAUGAACAAAAUGAAGACCGUAGACCCGGAGGUGUAUGCUAAAGUAAUUGAAUCAAUCGAAAAAAAAAAAGAAAAAGAAAAAGAAAAAGAAAAAGAACUAAAAGAAUCGGAGUAUUAAAUGUUUGGAUUAUCUCCAAUGAGGAGCAUCAAUAUCUAGCCAUCCACCUCACUAAAAAUAAUCGACCAAUCAGGAUACAAAUUAAGUAAAUGUUAUUUUCUAUUUAAAUAAUAAAUUAUUUAUUAGUUUAAUAUC